UACCCAAAAAUGAGAUUGCCUGUGUGGGCUUUAUUUUCGAAAUGAUCGUGAUGAACGUGAGAUGGACACCCUCAGCGUUCGGGCUCCCAGAAGAAUCAUUCACGGGUGCGUCGUUUUAAACAGUCUCGCAGUUAUUGAGGGGACACACUUCGGACUUUGACGUUAGUGUACACUCACUCAGCAGUCUUCCGUUUUAUGCGAAAGCGAACUGGGAACCCGUAAAGUUAUGAACACCUCUGAGCUGGCGGCGGUGUUGGGAGAGUGUCUGCGCCUGGCAGUAAAGGUGAUCCCCACGCCGGACAAAGAAGCGUUCAAGUAUUCGAGAGGCAAACUUUCGGCUGAGGUGAACAUACUUCUGCAGGAGGCUGUAGACAUGAAAUGGCCCUUUGUGGUAGAAAAAUGGCAAUACAAGCGUUCGGUGUCAUCAGAAGACAAAGUCAACAUUACAGACCUUAUCAAUCAACAUCUACCUCAGUUAAUGGCCUUCCUCAGGGCCUCCAUCUUGGGCGCUCAGCCGGUGUGGGCCAUGUCUCUAAUAUUUCUGGUGGAUCGCUUCCUCUACCGGAUAGACAGCUCGCACACCCUGCUAAAGAUUGCUAAAGCACUACACAAACGUUACCCAGAAACACCCGUCGCCCCACAGGUCGUCAUACGCCAGGCCCGCGUCUACCUCAACACUGGUAAACUCCAGAAAGCAGAGUACAUACUCAGCAGUCUGAUAAAUAAUAGUGGAGCCACUGGAUGCUGGAAAUACCACAGUGAUAGUGAUAGGAUUCUUGUGCAGGCUGUCAGUGUGCAGGUUCGGGGACAGGUACUACAAAAGUUAGGGCUGUGGCUCGAGUCAGCAGAGCUCAUCUGGGCUUCGCUGGUCGGCUUCCACGUUCUGCCUCUUCCUGACAAAAAGGGCAUUGGAACAUCUCUCGGGCUCCUGGCCAGUGUGCUGAUCUCCAUGAACAAUAAAGAGUUUACUACAUUUCAGAAGAGGCCUCAUAUAAACUUGGGAUUUCUGGGGGACUGUAGUCAUCGGCUGCUUUGUGCAGCCCAGGCUGCUAAGCUGGCCAUUGUGUAUAGCCAGUAUGAGUCUUUGUAUGUGCUGACUCAUAUGGUUACUCAAGGAACUUGCUUGCUGUCCUACAGUUUUUCAAAAGAAUGCCCUUCUGCAGACAAACAAGGCUAUCUUGCUCUGGCUAAGGAAGCCUUUGAGAAUGGUUUGCUAACAAAAUCUGAGAAAGAGGCAGUCACCAGCCAACAGGAACUACAUACAUUCCUUAAGGCAGCCUAUUGCUUAGCUGUAACAAACAAGUGGCUGUCUGGCCCAAGCGAAGCGGUUGCCAUGGCUUUCCACACUUGCCGGGAUGCCACUGUCCUGCUGUAUUCUUACUGUUUUGACGAUAACUCUGAUAAGAAUGCGCUCUGCACCCAGGUCAUGGCAAAGGUACAACGCGUUAAGUCACUUUUGAGAGUAAAGGCUUUCACUGAUUCUCAACCACGUCCGUUUCUCCCUGAUGGGUGCCGCGCUAUGGAAGACAAGCCUGUUCCAUUCUCUCUAAGCGAUUUUACUAAGGUGAUGGAAAGUUUUCAAAAGCACCACAAGUCCAUGUCUGAAGCUUUUAAGGAUUCUUCCCACACCGGUAGAAGAGAUGGACAAGGUGUGACCCACACCCACUGCAUUACAGCCUUCCAGACCCUAACCGAAUCACUCAUGACAGAAUGUGUAACUACAAGCCUUAAAUCUACUGAGUACGGUCCAGAGGCAUUGGGUGAUAUUGAAAACAAAGACAUUUUGGGUUUGAAAAAAUCCCCAGAUCAUCUCCUGGAAGUCUUCCAAAAGAAAACCCUCAUUACAACAUUGGUUACUGAGGAGGACCAGUCAGGAUGUGAUUCAGGGAUUGCUGAAGAGGGCAAGAAGGGUGGUGUUGUGAAAUGUGAAGGACAAAGUUCAAGAAGCUCUCAAGGUAGCAACAGUUUGAGAUCCUCAUGGCUAGAUGUGCAUGACAGUGGCGAGUCUUUGGUUCUGGUUGAUCCAUUCUGGUGCACUGAAGCAGAUGACAGUGUCAAUGUUGAUCAUGACGAGCAGGACCAUCAUGGACCACAGGAAGAAGCUAACAAUUAUAGAUGCAAAGGAGGAGUCACUGCUAAUGCUAGCAUUCAUCAGUAUGGCCUAAUCCAUUCCGCAAGGGAUUCUUCACAGGCUGGAACUAUGGAUAAAGGAGGAAGCAUUCACCAAGAGGAGCCUUGCACCACCUUGGAAAGUGAAAAUAACCAAAUUAUCAUCAAGACAGAUACUGGUGACACUGGAAAGGUGUCUGCAGGAAGCAGAAGCAAAGAUUCAAGAACUUCAUCAGGCUCUCACUGCAGUAGUUUGGGCUCUUCAUGGCAAAGUGUCUCAUUCUCCAAAUCCCCGCAAAAUGAAGAUUUUGCUAAGAUCUUAGAGGACAAGCACAGCAGAGUUGAUCAAAACUGUGAGACUGUAGCAACCGAGGAUGGCCCUGACAGCCCGUUUGAGUACAUAGACAUCAAUCCUUCGGAAAGACCAAUUAGCAAAGCAGGUGUGGCCAACCCUUCAGCGAGCUCAAUUAGCAAAGGAGGUGUGGCCACUUCCUUACAGUCAAGAAAUGAUGUAGGCAUGACUCAAAAAGGAUGCCACUCUCAAACAUGCAUAAAAGAUCAGAGUUCCAUAGAGACGCUUGAAGAUCAAGAAAUGUCUCUGUUAAUUCAUCAGCUCUCGGGUUUUGAACUAAUUGAUACCCAUGCAGGUGAAACCAAAGCUAAUAACGACUCAGCAAAAAGUAAGCCUAAUGAAAGUCAUUUAAGUACAUCAGAUCUAGCAAACAACAAACCAAGGACAUCAUUACUUUCCACUGAGCUUGACUCAUUUGAAGUGGUGCAGUUUGAUCAGUCUGAACUCAGGGCACCAACGCAAGGUUUCACCACUGCAGCUUCUAGCAACAAACAUAAAAAACCUCUUGAUAUCCAGAGUCAGAGCAAAACUACUCCUCUGCUUGAUGCACAAGACUAUGAGGCUUUUCCAAUAUCGUUGAACCACAGAGUAAAUGUUGACAAGAGAGACAAAGAUCAAAGUUCAGCCGAGAAGCCUUACACUCUCUCUGCCAGUAUGAAUUGUUGCAACAGAUGUUUCCAGGGGUGCAUUAUGAGAAGUGUACUUUUGUCAGAGCAGGACUAUAGAUCCCUUCUGUCAGGAGUGUGCCAAGGCUGCCUGCUGAAGAGACUGCCAGAAAGGCCCUUUAAGCUCAGCCAGUACAACAAAGCUUACAGUGCACUUGUGCUGAAGUAUUCGAAAGCCACAGACACGUGGACGGCCUGCGAGACCAGCGUGUAUGUGGGUGAACUAUUAAAAGUGGAUGUGGAAGGAGGACAGAGACAGGCAUUCUGGGUCCGGUAUCUUCACCAGGAGUUACUGCUGGGGAGCUAUGUGGGAAAGGAGUACCUGAGGGAACGUAAGAUUCACACUCACCUGGGGGAUGUCGAGAGGCAGAUGACCGCGCAGUACUACGUGAUGGAGUUCAACAAACGCCUGUAUGAGAGCAAUGUCACCACUCAGAUCUUCUACAUCCCCUCAGAGGUUCUUCUGAUUCUUGAGGCAGACACCAUUACAGCCUGUGUGUCGGUGGAGCCAUACAUGGUGGGAGAUUUUGUGAAACUCACCAACAACACGACUAAAAUAAACCAACGGUACUCAAGCACAGAGUUUGGCAUUGCCUUUGGCCACUUCACCUAUGAGUUCUCCAGGAAAGAAGAGGUUGUGGUAGACCUACAAGGCUGGGUGACAGCCAAUGGAAAAGGGCUGGUGUAUCUGACAGACCCUCAGAUCCACUCGCUCAGGAAGUCCAGGUCACCUAGCAACUUCCACCAAAACGGCAUCAGGAAGUUCCUUCAGGAGCAGCAUGGAGAGCGCUGUAACCCUAUCUGCCUGGUGGCCUUACAGAGACCCCUCCAAACCUCCAGUGAACAAAAAACAGAUUAAGUCAUGUCAUUUUUUUUAUUGGUGUGUUUGUGUGGAUUUAUGCGAUUAAAUGUAUUGGGUGUGUUGGCAUUAUACAUUACCAAAAAUAAAUAAACACAUAAAUUAUAGAGAA